GUGUUAGGAUGGCAGGUUAAAACGUACUUACUGAAGAUACAUUGUUGUGGAAAGCACUGGUGUAAUGGCCUUGCCUGAGCACAAAGGUGCAGUGAUUUAAUUUAAGUCGCAGAUUGAAAUAUCAUGGACAGAAAAUAGUUUGGAUGAUGUGUUUUGCCAGCGUAUCUCUGCAAUUUCAGUUUUAACAAUGGAUAAGUGUAAGCACGUAGGACGUCUGCGGCUGGCCCAAGAUCACUCCAUUCUCAAUCCUCAGAAAUGGCAUUGCGUGGACUGCAAUACUACGGAGUCUGUGUGGGCAUGCCUCAGCUGCUCGCACGUGGCCUGCGGAAGAUACAUUGAAGAACAUGCACUAAAGCACUUUCAGGAGAGCAGUCACCCAGUGGCGUUGGAAGUAAACGAGCUGUAUGUUUUCUGUUAUCUCUGCGAUGAUUAUGUUCUUAAUGAUAACGCAACUGGUGAUUUAAAACUGCUGCGAAGUACAUUAAGUGCAAUCAAGAGUCAAAACUAUGAGUGCACUACUCGAAGCGGGAGGACUUUGCGUUCUAUGGGCACAAGUGAUGAUUCUUACCUUUCACAUGGUGGUGCCCAGGCUUUGCUUCGGAAGGAAGAUCGCAUGUUCACGGCUCUCUGGCACCGACGGCGUGCGUUCCUGGGAAAAAUUUUCAGAUCAUGGCUGGAGUUGACACCUACUGGGAAAAAGAUCUUGGAAGAAGAAAAACGUCGUGAAGAAGCAGAGGAAAGAAGGGACAAAGCGAGGAAGAGAAGACAAGAACGAAAGCGGGAGUUGAAAGCAGAGAUGGAAAAGAUGCCUCCAAGAAAGAGCAGUCGUUUACAAAAUCAGAUUAGAACGCCCUCAGCAGCAGCACCCUGCCUGCAAAAACCAUCACCAAACGUGGAAUCUGUGGCAGAGUCGAAAGAAACAUAUACCUCAGAUGAAGUAAGACUGAAAAAGCUGAGUGACUCUCCAGUUAAACGAAGGCCCACGGUGACUCCUGGGGUGACAGGGCUGAGAAACCUGGGAAAUACAUGCUAUAUGAAUUCUAUCCUGCAGGUAUUAAGUCACUUACUUAUUUUUCGAGAAUGCUUUUUAAAGCUUGAUCUCAACCAAACUCAGGAACUGCUGGCAACAGCAACCAACGGUAAAACCAGAUCUUCAUCUAAACACCUGUCAAUAGCUGCCUCGACGUUAUGUGUGAAUGAGAACCAAGAGAAAAUAAAGGGAUCAUCCUCUGUGAGGCGGCCUAGUUUGUCCUCUGGAUUAAGUGGAGGUGCAUCAAAAAGUAGAAAUAUGGAACUUAUUCAGCCCAGGGAGCCCAGUUCAAAGCAUAUUUCUCUCUGCCAUGAGCUGCACACUCUGUUCCAAGUUAUGUGGUCUGGCAAAUGGGCGCUAGUGUCUCCUUUUGCUAUGCUUCAUUCUGUGUGGAGACUAAUUCCGGCCUUUAGAGGAUAUGCCCAGCAAGAUGCUCAGGAAUUUCUCUGUGAACUUUUGGAUAAAGUGCAGCAGGAACUGGCGGCUACGGGCACCAGAUACCCAGCUCUCAUCCCUGCUUCUCAAAGAAAACUUAUAAAACAGGUUUUGAAUGUGGUUAACAACGUUUUUCAUGGACAGCUAUUAAGUCAGGUUACAUGUCUUGCCUGUGACAAUAAAUCAAAUACCAUAGAACCUUUCUGGGACCUAUCCCUGGAGUUUCCGGAGAGGUAUCACUGCAACGGCAAGGAGAUGUCGUCUCCGUAUCCAUGUCUGCUGACUGAAAUGCUGGCCAAGUUUACAGAAACAGAAGCUUUGGAAGGAAAGAUAUAUGCGUGUGACCAGUGCAACACAAAACGAAGGAAGUUUUCUUCUAAACCAGUUAUACUCACAGAAGCUCAGAAGCAGCUUAUGGUGUGUCGACUACCUCAGGUUCUCAGAUUACACCUUAAACGGUUCAGGUGGUCAGGACGCAAUCACCGUGAGAAGAUUGGCGUCCAUGUCAAUUUUGACCAGAUGCUGAACAUGGAGCCUUAUUGCUGCAGAGAAUCCCUCAAGUCCCUCCUGCCCGACUGCUUUAUCUACGACUUAUCUGCUGUGGUAAUGCACCACGGGAAAGGAUUUGGCUCGGGGCACUACACUGCCUACUGCUACAAUUCGGAAGGAGGAUUCUGGGUACACUGCAAUGAUUCGAAACUCAACAUGUGCACUAUGGAAGAAGUAUGCAAGGCUCAGGCUUACAUUCUGUUCUACAGCCAGCGACUCACUCAGGCAAACAGCCGUGGCGCACGGCCGUGUCCCAGCACAGCUGAAAGCCAGCCGCACGCGGAAUUAGCUGCCUGCUCCGCGGACAACAGCAGCAGCCAGUCCAAAGCCAGUUAA